AUGGCCCUGCAGAAGCGCCGUGGUUCAUUCCUCGAUAACACACUUGAAAUCAGCAAAAAACAAAAGAUCGGGGAAGAUAAAGGCAAACAGACAGUCGGAAGGCCUUACGCAACCACAUUUCGCAUCUCGGAUAUCGAUAUCAAAUUGUCCAAGGAUGAUGUGUUGCGGCACGUGAAAGAACGAUUUUUGACCGAUAAUGAUGAAUCAAUUCAAAUUAAAGGGUCGUCGCUUGCGCCUUCGCCGGUGGAUCAGGAUAGAUAUCAGGUCGCGACUGUAACAUUCGACAAGGUGCCAUCUGCGCUAGUUGAUUGCUUAGGGUCCCAAAUACCAAAUCCUUUCCAAAUACCCCUGGGAAAUCAUCGAUCGACAACAUUCAUUGAGUCUGCGUUCAUUGGGUUGACACCCCUAAAUGAUAAUAGCAACGUGAAUUUCGAUGUUGACUUAAUAUUUGUUACGGGGCUGGCGGGCCAUGCAUUUGGAUCAUGGAAAGCAACCAAUUCUUAUAUAAUGUGGAUUAGAGAUUUCUUGGAGGGAGACAUUGAGCACCGCCAAGCACCUCGAGUUCGCAUCCUCACUUAUGGAUAUGAUUCCCCACUACUGUGCAACACCUCCACAGCCGGCAUCACAGAGUUUGCGCAAGGUCUACUAGAAUCUGUGACGAAUGCUCGCCGGUUGUCUGAUCAACAGGAACGUCCAAUUGUGUUUGUUGCGCAUAGCCUUGGAGGUAUUGUGGUCAAAAAGGCUCUGGUUAGGGCGUCAAGGGGUACAGACCAUCAUAGAAAGGUACUUCGGGCCACAUAUGCAUUGAUUUGUCUGGGCGUGCCAAACCGAGGCAUGAGGAACGACGAAUUAAAAAAAAUGGUAAAGGGACAGCCAAACGAGAGGUUGAUAUCGGACCUGGGAAUGAGAUCAGAGACUCUACAACAAUUGCACGAUGCCUUUUCUAGAAUAUUCUCCGUCACAGACUCCAAUGUUAUCUCCGUCUACGAGACACAACUAUCAAACACUGUUCAGAUGAAUGAAUCUGGUCAAUGGAACAGGGGCGGCGCACCUAGCUUGAUGGUACCAAGAGAAUCAGCGACAAGGUCAGCUCAUACGGAGGCAUCCCGCGAUCAGCUGCCGAGGAAUGUGGACCAUUCUGCUCUGGCAAAGUUCAGCUAUAGAGAUGAAGAUUACCAAAAUCUUCGUGGAAGAAUAUUCGACUGUGUGGAUAAAUCAGUCAGGACGAUCCGAACUCGAUUUCUGAGCGACACGCAAGAAUGCCCCCGCCUCGGUUCCGCAUCCACCAAGCUUUAUCAACUACCCUUUGAGCUGGUCUUUUCGAGAAAUUCGAACUUUACGGGGGGGGAGGAUCCGCUAGUCAAUAUUCAUGAAAGAAUCAUGCACGGAGGAUUUAAGGAAGUAAUACUCUCUGGCCUCGGGGGCGUUGGUAAAACCAACAUUGCGUUGGAAUAUGCAUAUAGAUACCAGCAAUGCUUCACAUCUGUUUUCUGGGUAAAUGGAUCAAGCGAAGAGACAAUACUUGAUGGUUUCAGAAGCAUCGCGGGUCGAUUGAUAGAUCACUAUGCACGACAUUCGAUAGAUGCUACACCGAACUAUAACCGCAUUGCACUGGACCUCAGCCUCAAUGGCCUAGUUGAUGAGAAUGGGCGGCUCUCGCUAGGAAAUGAAAGUAAAAAUCUUAUAAUAGCUUCAGUGAAGCAGUGGCUUAGCCAACAGGGCAACCGGGAAUGGCUUCUGGUACUCGAUAACGUCGAUGACCUGGAGAGCUUCAAUAUAGACUCCUUUAUACCAACAUGCGACCAUGGUGCGGUCAUCAUCACGACGAGUAGGAGGCGGCCUGAAUGGCUGAGUAAGUCGGUUGAACUGACCGAAAUGGAUUCGGGGGAUGCAGUGCAUCUACUCCUAAGGAUUGCUCGACUCAAUGAAAGAGAACCAGAAAAUGACGGAAAAGAAGCGGCAGCGGAACUUACCAAGAAGCUUGGGAAUCUACCGCUUGCGCUCGUACAGGCUGGAGCCUACAUCAGCGCUAAUCGAAUAACCCUUCGUUCCUAUAUCAAUACUUUUGAUGCGCAUUUCAAAUUGGCUUUCAGUGACUUACCACAUGGAAGUAGCUAUACGCAGCAUGACAAAACCGUCUUUACCACAUGGCAAACAUCCUUCGAUGCUAUCAAGCGUACAUCAAGUGAUGCUUCUGAUCUUUUGAUUGUUUGCUCAUUUCUUUCCAAUGAGGACAUAUGGGAGUUUAUGCUUCAGCAUGGAAAACAGAUAGAUGCUCUGCACGGGUACAUUUCCAAGUUCACUGACACGACUGAUAGAGAUUAA